AGUAUACAGUGUAUACUCAGUUCCAACAAAGAUUAACUCUUCGGUUCCAAGUUCCAACUUUUCCGUUACAGACCUGCUCUUUGCUUAUUUAUAAUUCCAUUGCCAGUGUGGCUCGCAUGUAGAAGUUGUUCGGUAAAAACUAAAAGGAUUAUAGUAGUGAAGUCUUACGAAUUGUAUUGAAUCCUCUCAAAACUAUUUUAAUAUCAGUAACAAUGGUUGUCAAAGUUUAUAUAAGUGGAAUAUCUGGUAAUAAGGAGGUUAAGAAGAGACAACAGAGGGUUCUUCUAAUUCUAGAUUCUAAAAAUAUAAAAUAUGAUGUUAUUGAUAUUGCCGAGCCGGGUAGUGAAGAGCAGAAGGAUUUUAUGCAAAAUAAUUCAACUUCUCUUGGGGAAACUAUUGGGGAUCCCAAUCCUAGACAUCCUUUGCCUCCACAAAUUUUUAAUGAUGAUGUUUACUGUGGGGAUUAUGAUCAAUUUGAUAUGGCCAAUGAAAUCGAUGAAAUGGAGAAAUUCCUGAAAUUGGAAAUUGCUGAUUCAACACUGAAAUCUGAAGGCAAAAGCAAAAUGGAAAAUGGCAGUUUGCAUGUGGAUUCUGAGAUGGAAGGACCUAAUGAAGUCGUAGAAGAAACGAAAAAUGUGUUGUCGAAUGGUGAACAGGAUAUAGUUGAAGAAGCGCAUACAGAGAAUGAAAAUAUUCAGGAAAGUUGAACUUUAAUCAACUUCAUUUGAUCAUUUGAAUAUGUUCUAACUGGCGGUUCUUAUGCAAAUGUUAGUUUUCAAUAAUUAUCAUGACUGCACUGAUCUUUAUAUUACGCUAUUUUAUUUAUCUUUUCUUUGCCAUACUGCAAGACUUAUAUUUUUUGAUUGUAUAUAUCAGUGAGAGAUUAUUUAAGUUUUUGUAAGGGAUAAAGGUGCAGAAAAUGCUUGGCUUUAAACAUUGUUAUCCUCUAUUUUAUGAAAGAAUUACUUGUUGAUAUCCUACUUUUUAUUCAACUUUCCUUGUAAAUAUUCAAUAAAAUUUUCAGUUAA